CGCUGGGAGAGCCACGUUUGAAUGACUUUCAGUGAAGUGUAGACGAGGCAACAUUGCGCUUAGAUUAUCGGUCUAAAUACAAAGCAGAAGCUAGCAUCACCCUUAAGAUUUUUUUAACGAUUUGAUUAGUAAACCAAUUAAACCACUCGAAGUUUGGAUAUGGCCAGAGGAGAAGGGGCUGAGCAGUAUUCAGCCACAAGUUUAUUACCACCAAAACCUGGGCAAGAUGAACUCAAAAUCGUCAAGAGGGAGCGGAGAAGGGACCACUUGUCCAUCUGGAGCAAGCUCUGCUUCGCCGUCGGGGGCGCUCCUUAUCAGAUCACGGGCAGUGCUCUCGGCUUCUUCCUGCAGAUCUACCUGCUGGACGUAGCCCAGUUGGACCCAUUUUAUGCCUCCAUCAUCCUCUUCGUGGGGCGGGCAUGGGACGGUGUUACGGACCCGGUGGUCGGUUUCCUGGUGAGCCGGAGUCGGUGGACCCGGAUUGGACGCAUGAUGCCCUGGAUCCUGAUCUCGACGCCGUUUGCGGUGAUGAGCUACUUCAUGAUCUGGUUCGUGCCGCCGGUGGAGGAGGGGAAGGUCAUCUGGUACCUGGUCUUCUACUGCAUCUUCCAGUCACUGCAGACGUGUUUCCAUGUGCCUUACUCUGCCCUGACCAUGUUCAUCAGCUCGGAGCAGAAGGAGCGCGACUCUGCCACUGCCUACAGGAUGACAGUGGAGGUGUUGGGCACAGUGCUUGGCACUGCCAUCCAGGGCCAGAUCGUGGGCGGUGCCAUUGCGCCCUGCAUCAAGAACACCCUGGGCUCCCUGGCCGACCUCAACGCCACCCAGCUGGGGUCGGAGGUCAACGUGUCCGGCAUCUCCCUCAACGACACGAAACAAGCCUACAUGAUCGCCUCAGGGGUCAUCUGCGUCAUCUAUGUGAUCUGCGCCUUCGUCCUCUUCAUGGGUGUCAAGGAGCAAGAUGAGAGAGGGCAGCUGAAGUCAGAUCGCCGCAUGUCCUUCUUUGAGGGCCUGCGUCUGGUCAUCUCGUUCGGACCCUACCUCAAACUGGUCAUGGGCUUCUUGUUCACAUCGCUGGCUUUCAUGCUUUUGGAAGGCAACAUCGCUCUCUUCUGCACCUACGCUCUCGGACUGAGGGAUGACUUCCAGAACGUUCUGCUGGCCAUCAUGUUUGCUGGCACCGUUUCCAUCCCCUUCUGGCAGUGGUUCCUCUCACGCUUUGGAAAGAAGACCGCCGUCUACUUUGGCAUCUCGUGGGUGGUUCCCUUCAUGGUCAUGGUCAUCUGCAUUGAGCCCAACAUCAUCAUGGCCUAUGUGGUGGCCUGUGCAUCCGGCAUCAGCGUAGCUGCAGCCUUCCUCCUGCCCUGGUCGAUGUUGCCAGAUGUGGUGGACGACUUCAAGGUGCAGAAUCCCGACACGCAAGGCCACGAGGCAAUCUUCUACUCCUUCUACGUCUUCUUCACCAAGUUUGCCUCUGGCGUGUCCCUGGGCGUCUCCACCCUCAGUCUACAUUUCGCCGGGUACCAGACCAACGCCUGCACGCAGCCGGACUCCGUGACCUUCACCCUGAAGAUGCUGGUGGCUCCGGCGCCCAUCGUGUUCAUCUUGCUGGGCCUCAUCAUCUUCAAGCUCUACCCCAUCGACGAGAAGAGGAGGCAAGAGAACCGCAAAGCGUUACAGGAGCUAAGGGACUCAGAUGAGGACUCACAGACAGACUCCACAGAACUGGGCAACAUGGUGUAGUACGGGAACAAAUGGAAUAUAUUCACACACACACACACACACACACACACACACACACACACACACACACACACACACACACACACACACACACACACACACACACACACACACUGUUUCUCACAAGAUGUACAUGGGUCACAUGUCUGGAUACAUGUGUGUGUGUGUGUGUGUACACACAAACUCACACACCUCAAAGGUCACUACUCGAAAGUGACUGUGACCAUUUGUCUCGGUUGAAAGAGAGUAAGGUCACCUUUGCUGGCUGCCAUGGCAAGUUGCUGAACUGUUCGGGGGGAGCUAUUUAAAAAAAGAAAAAGGAAAAAAAAUCCUGUGAGAUGUGGGAAGUCUGAGCACUCCCCCCAGUGGCCAACACAGAAACUGCUCUACUUGCACGCAGGACCAGCAAGGCUAACCAACGAGGGUGAAUGAGACACCGACGCCUGGUUGCACGUUUACAAUUCUUGUGUCAUUACCAAAAUCAUGCCGACAUCACAAGCACCUGUACUCCUCUUGGAAGCACAACUGUGAUCGCAUCUACAAAGCUUGUGAUUGUUCCUUUAUAAGUGGCUUUGUUUGCAAUACUGCUACAAUACUCAAGCAAAGCACAUUUUUUUGGAGGGAUAUUUCCAUCAUUUUAUUCUUUACAACAUUGUUCACCAUAGCAGUGUAUUUUUCCAUACAGAUAGGGCUUGAUUUUGGAUUUUGGUACACUACAUCUUGAAACUCUGCAUAUCAAGAGUACUAUCAACUUUCCACAAGAAAGCACUAAGCCAACAUCAUGUAUGAUGUGGGUGUACCAGGGACAAAGAAAAUAUUUUCUCUCUGCUGUUGUUUUGUCUGUACUAACUGGUAAGUGUAGAUGAAUGCGUAUGCAAGAGUUGGUGAUUUUGUUUAAAAUUCACUUAAAUUAAAAAUAGUUUCUUAGCAGUUAUGUGUAAAAAAGACUAUUUAUACUGCGAAAUCGUACUGUCAAUCAUCAGUAAGACUUUUUUCCGUUAUUUAACAUUUUUGACUGUAACACAGCCAGAGAAUUCUGCUUUGGCCGUUACUCGCGUGUGACUGUCAUGGUUGGUAUUUCAAAGGUGCUAUUGUACUUUCAAACAUUUUGAUAAAAAAGUCUGUGAAUUUGUUUAUAAAUGUGUAUAGACCUACUGUCGUUUCAGCUGUGAACGCUGACCAUGUACAGGUGCCUGUGAUUUUGUUGUAAUAUUUUUGUUUUACGGUCUUGUAUAUGUUUUUUGAGAAACUAAGUUUAUUGCCAGAGAGAUUUUUUUUUUGUUUUUUGUAAAUUUAAGCUGAAGUCAUGGCCAAAACAUGUUUCUAUUGCCUGCUGCCUUUGGCAGCGUAUGUAAACGUUUUAGAAAAAAAACAUGCAUGUACUUGGGAGAGUGUGUUGAAACACUACAGUUUUGCCUACUUGUUGGUUGUGUUUUUGUAUCGCUAUGGUUUUCUACUAUAGUGGUACCUAGACCACCGUGUUGAACUGGAUUAGGCCUACAGCUGCCAAAGGCAGCCGAUGUCUGCACAACUACAAGAAGUGGCCUAAUAUCUGAGAAAAAAACAAUGUAUAUGUGUAAAUACUGUAAGUUGUAAAUACGUUCAGUGUUCUGUAGUGUACAUUGGCUGCAAAAAACCUGCUGCUAAAUCCAGGUACCAUCUGGUCUAUUUUGGGAUUUGGUGGUACUAAUUUAUGAUGAAUGAAAAUAUGUUGUUGAUUUUAAUGUUCAAAUUAAAAUUGAAUACUAAUAUAAA